CAAGUGACCUUUUUAAAAUAUGCAUUUGAGACAGAGAGCUCUAACCAGGAGCUGAAAAUGCCUGGAAGAUUUCUGGUUUCUCUCACUACUUUUCCAGCCUUUUUGCCUCCUUGCAUGAUUCAGGUGAUAUUAAGAGGGACACCUUAAUUGAAGUCAUUCCUCAACCAGGCACAUCUGCGGGAGACUGCAUACAUAAUUCAAGAUGGCCAGCCAGCCACCCGAAGACCCUGCAGAAUCUCAGGUGUCCGAUGAGCUCGAGUGCAAGAUCUGCUACAACCGGUACAAUCUGAAGCAGAGGAAACCCAAAGUGCUGGAGUGCUGUCACAGGGUCUGUGCCAAAUGCCUCUACAAGAUCAUAGACUUUGGGGACUCCCCACAAGGUGUCAUCGUUUGUCCUUUCUGCAGGUUUGAGACGUGCCUGCCGGAUGAUGAGGUUAGUAGCUUGCCCGAUGACAACAACAUCCUCAUAAACUUGACUUGUGGCAGUAAAGGGAAGAAGUGCCUGCCAGAGAACCCCACCGAGCUGCUGUUGACCCCCAAGAGGCUGGCGUCCCUCGUCAGUCCUUCUCACACAUCCUCCAACUGCCUGGUCAUAACCAUCAUGGAGGUGCAGAGGGAGAGCUCCCCAUCUCUGAGCUCUGCUCCUGUGGUCGAAUUCUACAGGCCUGCAAGUUUCGACUCUGUUACCACGGUGUCCCAUAACUGGACAGUGUGGAACUGCACGUCCCUGCUGUUUCAGACCUCCAUCCGGGUGUUGGUGUGGCUGCUAGGCUUGCUGUACUUCAGCUCCUUACCCUUAGGCAUCUACUUAUUGGUGUCUAAGAAGGUCACUCUGGGUGUCGUCUUUGUCAGCCUUGUCCCUUCUAGCCUUGUCAUCCUUAUGGUGUAUGGUUUUUGUCAAUGCGUUUGUCAUGAAUUUCUGGACUGUAUGGCACUUCCUUCUUAA